AUGACAACAAGGUCAACAAAAGCUUGUGUGUCUUAUAACCUAGGCUAUGUGCCCAAACAAAAAUUUGAACAAAGCUAUCAAGCUCCCUCAGGACCACCACCAGGAUUCCAACUUCAACAAGUUCAGCCUGAUCAAGCUCCAGACAAGGAAAUGAAGACUAUGCUACAACAACUUCUCCAAGGUCAGGCCACUGGUUCUCUGGAAACUGUCAAGAAGCUUACUGAGAUGAAGUAUAUGGAAGGAAAAACUGCUUCUACUUCUGCACCAAAGCAUGGCCAACUCCCAGGAAAAGCUGUUCAGAAUCCCAAAAAGUUUGCUAAUGCCAUCACUUUGAGGAAUGAUGAGGAGGAUUUUAUUCAAGAUAAAGCUCAAAUAAAGGAUCCAAUCAAGGUGAUCAAUGAUCCAAUUGAAUCAGACAAGCAAUCUGAUCAUCAAGCUAUUAAGGAACCUGCUACUUCCAAGGACAAAUCUGUGAGAUGCAUUCCUCCACCAUACAAGCCACCUCUACCGUUUCCAGUGAGAUUUAAGAAGCAGCUUUCUGAGAAGUAUAAAACUCUUUUCGGAAAGCAAGAUAAGGAUAUUGAAUUGUGGAUGUCAUUGUUGGACGCCUUUCCACUUGUUCCUCACUACCAUAAAUUCCUCAAAGACUUGGUGAUGGAGAGAACAAAGGAAGUUCAGGGUAUGGUGUUACUAAGUCAUGAGUGCAGUGUUAUCAUUCAGAAGAAGAUUGUUCCCCAUAAAGUCAAGGAUCCUGGAUUAUUCAAUCUACCUUGUUUGCUAGGUCCUCUAUCCUUUGAUAGAUGUCUAUGUGAACUUGGUACCUCUGUUAGUCUUAUGCCACUCUCUAUGGCUAAGCGAUUGGGUUGUACAAGGUAUAAAGCUAGCAACAUAUCCCUCAUCCUUGUAGAUAGAAUUAUGAGGCUCCCACACGGUUUGUUAGAAGACUUACCUGUCAGGAUUAAAGUUGUAGAAGUGCCAACAGACUUUGUGGUAUUGGAAAUGGAUGAGGAACCUAAGGACCCUUUGAUCCUAGGGAAACCCUUUUUAUCAACUACUAGAGCCAUCAUUGAUUGGGCAAAGACUUCACCAUGA